GCGAAGAUGUCGGCCCAGGACAGCUGCCUCAGCCUCAUCAAGUACCUCCUCUUCGUUUUCAACCUCUUCUUCUUCGUCCUAGGCAGCCUUAUUUUCUGCUUUGGCAUCUGGAUACUCAUUGACAAGACCAGCUUCGUGUCCUUUGUAGGCUUGUCCUUCAUGCCCCUGCAGAUCUGGUCCAAGGCCCUGGCCAUCUCCGGAAUUCUCACCAUGGGCCUUGCCCUCCUGGGCUGUGUGGGGGCCCUGAAGGAGCUUCGUUGCCUCCUGGGCCUGUAUUUUGGGAUACUGCUGCUCCUGUUUGCCACGCAGAUCACACUGGGAAUCCUCAUCUCCACUCAGCGGAUGCGGCUGGAGCGGAGGGUGAAGGACAUCGUGAUGGAGACGAUCCAAAACUACCGCUCGCGUCCGGAGGAGUCGGCCGCGGAGGAGAGCUGGGACUACGUGCAGUUCCAGACUCCGCCCGGACGGAGCAGGAGCCCCCAGCUCCAGGACCCCAAGCUGCGCUGCUGCGGCUGGAACUCUCCUCGAGACUGGUUCAAUAUCCCCAGCCUCAUCAGCAACGAGUCGGAGGUGCAUCGCGUGCCCUGCUCCUGCUAUAAUUCAUCGGCGACCAAUGACUCCGCAGUCUUCGAGAAGCUCUCCUUCCCCCAGUUCAGCCGGCUGGGACCAUUGGCGCGGCCCCGGCACAGUACAGACCUUUGCGUGGUUCCUGAAAACAGCAAUAUCUACAGCGAGGGCUGUGCGCGGAGUCUCCAGAAGUGGUUGCACAACAACCUCAUCUCCAUAGUGGGCAUUUGUCUCGGCGUCGGUCUACUUGAGCUCAGCUUCAUGACGCUCUCGAUAUUCCUGUGCAGAAACCUGGACCAAGUCUACGACCGGCUCGCUCGUUCGCCCCAACCACGGAGUCCUCCACCUCCUCAUUUCCCCGGGGGACCCAGAUGUCUGCCUGCCCAGCUGCUGUCACCUCUCCCGCGGGACCUGGGGCUUCCGGCCACCAGCUUCCUGCCCCCAAAGAUACCUCAUUUCCUUGCCUUCGGCUUACCACCUCCCACAGGAUUAUUUUCACCCAAACCCCAAAUAAAUCCCCUGCGUUUUGGUAAAAUAGUUUUAUCCUCUGUCAAAACACAAACCAACACACUUUGUGGGUGAGGGGAGGCAACACAGUAUAUAGCCCACGUCUUAUUGAGAAGAGAGGAUGAGAUUUUAAAAGCCUCACCCCACAGCUUGCCCAGCUGAGAAAAAGUCACGACCCUAAUACCCACUUAUAAAUAUCUCUUGUUAUAUUAAAAAAAAUAUUUCCAGGG